AUGCCAUUUGAUGUGGAUAAACACCUUCCUAAAGGAUCAGAAUAUCAUUCAACCAAUAAACUGUCUCCCGGGCGGGGCCUUCGUGUCAUUCUUCUGCCUCGGCGACCUUGUGCCCAAAUAACCUCCACCGGUGCUUUAACAACUAGCACAUCUAUAUCUCACCACGGCCAAACCAUCAUCCAACCGACUGGGCCCACAAACAUUCUACAGAAUUCACAAGACACUUCAGAUUCAACUGUUGUCUCUUGUACUGAUGUUAUUUCGCCGCACAUAUCACCAACUGACAGUCUCAAGACCAGUACAUUGUCCGGUCUUAGCAAUCACGCAUCAUCUUUAGGAACUCAGCAGGCUUCUGAAUCAGGUUUAUCCCUCCCUAUCCUCGCUGAGAGCUGCUAUAAUCUUACUUUGGCAACCGCUCCUUCAGCUAUAAUCUCAGGAAGCAGCACGCUUCGCCAUUCUUCUACCACACCAGCUCUGUUGGCCGAGGUUCGCCUUCGUGAAUGCGCCCCUAUGAGUCCCGGUGCUCGAGUGGGCCUACGUGGUCGGUCCUGGCGCCCGGAGUUGCAUUUGCCUGAUUCGGAGCCUGGUGCUACCAUUACCUUGAAGAAUAAAACCUGUUCCACCAUAGCCAAUAAGGGCUGGGUCGUGGAGAAUCUCUCGCCUCGCAAAAACUGGCCAAAAUAG